AUGGCAACCGCUCUCGCCGCCGGCAUUGGCACGAUAACGGCCACGACCCCGUCCGUCAAAACCAUCCUCGACGGCAUAGUCAACCUGCACGCCUCGUGCGUUCUGCACGAUGGCACCCUGGCCACCUUCCUCCCACCCCUCGACCAUGCGACCAUGUACCGGUGGUGGGAGGAGCGGCUAAAGGAGGUCCAGCAGGGAGGCAGGCAUAUCAUUGUGUAUCUGUCCGAAGUGUCGAGCCGGAUUGCAUCGACGCCGGAUGGAGAAGUCAGACCCCCGUUUGAGUCGGAGGGGCGAGGAUGGCCGGUCGUCCAAGCUGUCACUGGCACCGGCACCGGCACCGGCACCGGCAUCGUGUCCACCAGCAAAACAUCGUCACCCACCGAAUCGAAGGGUCCUAGUACCGCUACUAUUGAGCUCGAAGUCUCAGGCGUCGUGUCCCUGGCUACACCGUUCUCCCAGACCGGCCCGUUCCGUGGCCGUGUCGAGAAACUCUUCGUGUCGCCUCUGCACCGCCGCAAAGGCAUCGGGCGGUCUGUCCUGGCCAAACUCGAAGCCAUUGCCUGGGAGCAUGGCCGCUGGAAUCUCAUGCUCGACACCACUGUCGGGUCGGAUGCGGAGAAGAUUUAUCCCAGACUCGGCUAUACUGCGCUUGGGGUGGUCAAUGACUACGGCUACUCGCCCAAGGAUGGGCAGUUGCGAGACGAAAUCUGGUUUUGGAAGGACUUGAGGAAGACGAGGUUGAGUUAA